CUAAUCAAUGCAAGACGACGAGAGUUGAGCGAUCGCUGAGUGAUCGCUGAGAGAAUCAUGCGCUCUCUAACGGAGCGUGUUAUGUGAUCAUCAAAUUGGUAAACAAAAAAAAGCCCCACCGAAAAAAGCUUUAGCUUAAAAAGCUUGAGAGGAAAUAAACAGAAGACGCACGCUGGACAGAUGAACUGAGCCGAAGAUGGUUGGGGUUGAGUCUGCGACGUUUCUAUCUGGAUCUUUUUUCCGCGCGUACAAACGUGAUCUGCAUGCCGAUCUUGUGGUGGUUCCACACCGGUCAAAGUAAUUCAGCUUAAUGCAUUAACUUUGUUGGCUACUGGCAUGAAUCGACAUUAGCAUUAUGCGAGCAGAUCUUCAGCCAUUCAGGUGGCGAGACAUAUACAAAAAUCAGAAAAUAUCAGGCAGCAAAUAAAAAGGCAUCGAAAUAAAAGCCAUUAAGAUCAGCAUGUGUCAUCCAUGACAUCCCGAUUCUCCAGCACUCGUAGGGUAUAAAUAGGCUUGAGAAGCCUAGAUACAAAAUCAGAACUCAGUCGAUACAGAACAAUGAAAGUGCCUACGCUGCUGAUCUUUAUUGGACUCUUGGCCAGUUGCCUGGAGUCGAGCAAUGCUUUGUUCUUCAAGGCGUUGAAGGGAUUAAAAAGUUACGGAGACAACUAUGCAGGAUACAGUAGCUAUGCCGGAAGUGGUGGAUAUGGCAACUACUAUGGAGGAGGAGGCUAUGGAAACUACGGAAGCGGAGGUUAUGGAGGUUAUGAUGGCAGUUAUGGAUCAGGCGGCUAUGGAGGAGGCUACAGCGGUUCUUACUCACGACCAACCAGAAGUCGACAGCGCACAGGACGCACUUACUCCGAUAUUGCAAGGGUGCUGGUCCAGGAUAGAUAUCUAGGUCUAGGCGCUGGACGUUAUCUACCCCGAGCUCCCUACUCCCCGCUGUGGGGCUAAAUUUAAGCUUACAGAACUCUCCUCGCAUUUAAUUAUAAGCAAUGUUAAUAUUGUAUGACGAAUAAACUCGAAAACCUUUUAGGA